AUGCCGCGCAAGCCGGUUGCUAACUUCCUGUCGUGGGCGUCGAAUGUGCUGGAGGCUGUCGACCAAUCAGCGGCGAGCUUGAGCGACUCCACAAACCCUCAUCGCAGGAAGCACCGGCGCGAGUGGGGCGCGGCGACGGACGGGCAGGUGUCGGACUCGGCGUGGGUGGACGCGAGCGACGGCGACGCCAGCAGCGCCGGGUACGCCAGCGACCACCUGCCACCGUUGGGGGGGCGCCGCGCCUGGGAAGGCCCGGAGGGGCGACGUGCAGUGGCGGGCGGAGGAGGGCUGGAGUCGGGGGGUGAGCACGGUGAGGGGCGGGCGGGGAGCAGAGAGGUGCUGGGCGGGGUGGUGGAGGGGGAGGGGGAGCGUGGCGGUUGGGGCACGCAUGGCAGUGGUGGGGGUGUGGGGGAGCGUGGUGGGAGCGCUAGUGGGCGGGGGCUUGCGAGCAGCAGCAGCCUGGGCGGUGUGGGGCGUGGAGGUGGGGGCCAGCGGCACGCAGAGGAGGGCAGUGCGCGUGCAGGCGGGGGGCAUGCGGCAGGCAGUGGCAGCAGCGGUGGUGGCUUGAGGCGUGCAAGGGAGGGUGGCGCUGCUGCUGCGGGCGGCAAGUGGGGUGGCGAGGGAAGCGCAUUGAGCGGCACGGGCGAGUGGCAUGCACAUGAGUUCGAGGCGUGGGGCGGCGAGUGGGAGAUGCAAGGAGGGGGGGACGAAGGAGGGGAGGGAGGUGGUGAGGAGGCGACGGAGGAUCGUGGGGGAGUGCAGGGGAAGGGUGCAGGAGAAGAAUCACAACGCAAGGAAGGUCCAAAUGGAGAAACGGGAGAACCUGCAGAUGAUAGGGAUGAGGGGGCUGGUGCAGCAGUGGCAGCAGGGCGAGGUGAAGUUGGGGGAAGCAGCACGAGUGGCAGCAGCGGAUCUACCGGUGUGGCCACGCUCCCAAGCAGCGCGAGCGGCAGCGUUGGCAAAGCUGCUGUGAGUGCGAAGAGCAGCAGCACAGCGGCAGAGGAGCCCGGUGAUGCAGAGAGUGACAGCGCGGCUGCACCGCUGUCCACAAGUCUCGGCAGCAUGGCGGGCGGCAGCAGCAACAACACAGGCAGCAGCAGGCGGGGGCUGUUGGGGGCGCAGGUGCCUCGGGUGCUGGCGGUGGCGCGCAGCCCAUCGGUGGAGAUGGACGCCAUGCGGUCGUGGCGCCGCCGCAUGGAGGCACACGCGUGGACCAGCCCUGCCAUGCGCUCCGAGUUUGACCACGCCAGCCGCGAGUGCAGUCAGAUGGAGGCGCGGGUGUCAGUAGUGGUGGGCGAGAUAGAGCGGCUGCAGCAGGCGGCACAGCACAUGGCUGACGGGGCGGCCCAGGAGAUCGGCAGCCUGCAUGCUGAGCUGGCAGCUGCCACAUCAGCGCUGGAGCAGGAGAGGUCAAAACAUGCUGCUACACGCCACGAGGCGGAGGAGCGGGAGGGGGCGCUGAGGGAGGAGCAAGCAGGGCAGGCGAGGGCAGUGGCGCGCAUUCGGAGGCAGAUGGAGGAGCGCGUGGCGGAGCACACGCGGGUCACUCGCUGCAUUCAGAGAGGAAAGAGAAUCAUCAGGGAAGGCCACCAGAGGUGGCUGGAUCACAAAUGUGGGACAACCAAUGGUGUUGGGACGACCAAUGGUGUUGGGACGACCAAUGGUGUUGGGACAACCAAUGGUGUUGGGACGACCAAUGGUGUUGGGGCGACCAAUGGUGUUGGGAAGACCAAUGGUGUUGGGACGACCAAUGGUGUUGGGACGACCAAUGGUGUUGGGACGACCAAUGGUGUUGGGGCGACCAAUGGUGUUUUGACGACCAAUGGUGUUGGGGCGACCAAUGGUGUUGGGACGACCAAUGGUGUUGGGGCGACCAAUGGUGUUGGGACGACCAAUGGUGUUGGGACGACCAAUGGUGUUGGGACGACCAAUGGUGUUGGGGCGACCAAUGGUGUUGGGACGACCAAUGGUGUUGGGGCGACCAAUGGUGUUGGGACGACCAAUGGUGUUGGGGCGACCAAUGGUGUUGGGACGACCAAUGGUGUUGGGGCGACCAAUGGUGUUGGGACGACCAAUGGUGUUGGGGCGACCAAUGGUGUUGGGGCGACCAAUGGUGUUGGGACGACCAAUGGUGUUGGGACGACCAAUGGUGUUGGGGCGACCAAUGGUGUUGGGACGACCAAUGGUGUUGGGACGACCAAUGGUGUUGGGACGACCAAUGGUGUUGGGACGACCAAUGGUGUUGGGACGACCAAUGGUGUUGGGACGACCAAUGGUGUUGGGGCGACCAAUGGUGUUGGGGCGACCAAUGGUGUUGGGACGACCAAUGGUGUUGGGACGACCAAUGGUGUUGGGGCGAACAAUGGUGUUGGGGCGACCAAUGGUGUUGGGACGACCAAUGGUGUUGGGACGACCAAUGGUGUUGGGACGACCAAUGGUGUUGGGACGACCAAUGGUGUUGGGACGACCAAUGGUGUUGGGACGACCAAUGGUGUUGGGACGACCAAUGGUGUUGGGACGACCAAUGGUGUUGGGGCGACCAAUGGUGUUGGGGCGACCAAUGGUGUUGGGACGACCAAUGGUGUUGGGACGACCAAUGGUGUUGGGACGACCAAUGGUGUUGGGGCGAACAAUGGUGUUGGGGCGACCAAUGGUGUUGGGACGACCAAUGGUGUUGGGACGACCAAUGGUGUUGGGACGACCAAUGGUGUUGGGACGACCAAUGGUGUUGGGACGACCAAUGGUGUUGGGGCGACCAAUGGUGUUGGGGCGACCAAUGGUGUUGGGACGACCAAUGGUGUUGGGACGACCAAUGGUGUUGGUCUGCUCACAGCACGCCUGUCUGCCCUGCACGCCGCCACGCCCGCUCGCGACAGCAGCACCGCUGCCGCCGCUGCAGUGCCCGGCCCAGCCUCCGCCACCAGUGCUGCGCUGCUGCAUGAUAACUCGGGUGGUGCUGACGCAGGUGGUGAGGCGCAGCAGCAGCAGCAGCAGGGACAUGCUGGGAGCGAGGGGGGAGGGCAGGAUGGAUCAAGGCGUAUGCAGGGAGGUGCAGCAGAGGGGGAUGACGCGAGGCAGGGGGGAAGUGAGCAGGAUGGGAGAGGGGCUUGUGCAGAUGAGCAGCAGGAGCUGGUGAGUGCACAUGCCCCUCUGUGCCCGUCCCUGCAUCUUCUCCCUUCCUCCUUCACCUGCCUUCGUGCCAUGUUGGAUGGUGAGGUGGCAUCUCUGAAGCACCAACUGCUCGCCCAACAGGCAGCACUGGCCAAGCAGCCGACCGCAGGGGAGCGCGAGAAGCAACUGGAGCGCCGCCUGAGGGCGCUGUCAGAGAAUGUGCAGGGCAAGCAGGUGAGUGCAGGGCAAGCAGGUGAGUGCAGGGCAAGCAGGGUCUCACCCCUCUGUUGUAGUUCCCCCUCACCCCCUCUCACCCUCCUUCCCCCUUUCCUCCCUCUUCCCCCCCACCCUCUUCAAUUCCUUCCCUCCCUCCCCACGCGGCAGGCACAGGCGGAGGCGCUGAGCAGCGAGGUGGCGUGGCUGCAGCAGCAGCUGGACCACACAAGGGGGGAGCGCACGCACCUGCUGCUGGCCGUGGGGGAGCAGGGCGGCGGCACUGGGGGCGGUUUAGGGAGGGUGGGGGGGUCGCGGGGCGAGGUUGGGAGCAGGGAGAGAGGGCGGUGGCGGGUUGAGGGGAGCAGAGGGUGGGGUGCGGGCAGAGGGGUUGAGCACCGUAUGGUGGCAGCGCUGAGCUGGGCACGAGGCAGCACGGAGGACGAUCCGAGUGGCAAGAGCAAGCAGAGGGCGCUGCGCAUGCGCGUGUGGGAGCACGUGGUGGACGCGGCACGAGCGCUGGACGCCUUGAGUCUGCGCGUUGGCAGUGCGCUGCAGCGCAACUCCUUUGUGCGCUCGCUCGUGGUGGCUUACGUGCUUGCGCUGCACCUCUCUGUCUUCCUCGUUCUCUCCUUUGUCAGCCUCGAACAUGCUCUGCACAACUUGUAG